AUGAUUGAAAUGUUUAACAACAUGGACUACACCCUUCUCGAAGCCUACCCCUCCAUCGCACCUCAAGUGGGUACAGUGCCAGCAUCGGCCUCCUCUCAAUGGUCUGCGGAUCCUCAAGCAAUUCGGAUGCUACAGGGAAAUCCUAGAGCCGAGCCGGCGAGGGGACUGGCUUCAUCUCAUGAAAUGCAGAGAAGUCAGCGGCCGGCGCCUACGUUCCUCAGGGCAUGUCGCAAUCUCCGAGCAUAUGCAAGAAGAGAGAUGUUACCUCUUUCCGUAUAG